CGACUAGUGACACUGACCUACAAGAUACCCUUCUCCACAAAACUCCAAACACCAAACCUCCAAUUUCACAUCCUCCAUAAUAAAAAUCUUAUUUUGUUUCAGAAUGCAAAGGAAGAGAACAAUCCAACACUCGUCAUAGGUUGUUUGUUUUGUGUGUCUUUCUCUAUGCUUUACUUGCUUGUAAUCCCCGUCCAACAACAAUUUUUUGGAUUAAUCUAAUGUUUUUCUUUUCUUUUUUGAGGUUCCUUUGCAGUCAAUCUUUCCCACUUCUUCUUCAGGUUCAUUUCCUCCUUAUUUCUUUAACUUUUUCUCUUGUUGAAUUCUUUGAUUUUUCGUUGUACACAGACAUACGCUUACUUUUAUACAGUGAGUUUCUUUUUUAUUGUAUCUUCAAUUUCAUCUCUCUGCCCAUUUGUUUCUUGUUAAUCUUUAAUUGCUUUCCUCUCUCAAUUCACCAACUGUUAUUCUUCAUAUCCAACCCUUAGCAAGAAAAAGAAACAAAAAAUGCAAACAUGUGAGAGCAGAAGCUUUUCAGAAGAAGAGGUUGCCUCACUAGCAAACAACUCUGAAUCCGAUAAAGAAGGUUUUACUGAAUUUGCACUUCUGCUUGACAAGUUCACCCCAAUUCUCAUAGAAUUAAAGGAAAAUGGUAAGGUCAUGGAUAGACCACCAGUUAGAGCAGCAGUUGAUUCACUUGAAAAUGAGCUUAGGCGUGCUAAGGAGUUGAUUAAAAGCACUGGCAAUUCAAAAUCACCCAUAAAGCAAAUGGAGUACAUGACUCAAGAUCUUGGGAGAUCUUUAGGCCUUGUGCUCUUUGCAAGUAUUGAUGUAUCUCGAGAAAUCAAAGAAAAGGUUUCAGCACUGCAUAAAGAAUUGAUGAGUGCCAAGUUUAUUACCAGUUUAAGUACAAGUCCGUGUCCUAGUCCAAGACCAAGUCAAGAAUAUGGGUCUGUAAGUGAAAUGGACUCUGAGAGAGAAAUUGAGGAAGAAACUGUUACUCUUAGUACCGAAGAUGUAGUACUGCAACUCAAGUAUGGCAAUGAUGAAGAGUUUAAGCUUGCACUUUGGGGAUUGCGUGAUAUUAUUAAUGAUCAAUCUAUUGAUAAAGAGUGGAUUAAUAAUGAAGGAGUUAUUCCAAUUCUGUUUAAUCGGUUAGGUUCGAGCAAGCCUCGCAGCCGGUUGACUAUCAUUCAAAUGCUAAGAAUCCUUGCUUCUGUCAAUACUGAAAACAAGGAAAAGAUGGCAGAUGUUGGAUCCUUAUCACUGUUGGUGAAGUCUUUGACGCGAGAUGUGGAUGAGCGGAGGGAAGCUGUAGGCCUUUUGUUGGAACUCACGGAGAUCUCUGCAGUCCAGCGGCGUAUUGGAAGAAUUCAAGGGUGUAUUGUUAUGCUAGUCUCUAUGCUUAAUGGGGAUGACCCAACUGCUUGUCAUGAUGCUGGAAAGUUGUUGGUUGCAUUGUCAAACAAUACUCAAAAUGCACUUCAUAUGGCUGAGGCUGGUUACUUUAAGCCUUUAGUGCGUUAUCUAAAGGAAGGCUCUGAUAUGGGUAAAAUCCUCAUGGCGACAGCAAUUUCAAGAAUUGAGCUCACAGAUCAAAGUAGAGCUUCCCUUGGUGAAGAAGGGGCAAUUGAACCCCUAGUCAAAAUGUUUAAAACUGGAAAGCUUGAAGCCAAGUUAUCUGCAUUAAAUGCAUUGCAAAAUUUAUCAAUGUUGACGGAAAAUAUACAGCGUCUAAUCAGUUCAGGCAUUGUAGUACCAUUGCUUCAGCUGCUAUUCUCUGUGACAUCUGUGCUCAUGACUCUUCGGGAGCCAGCAUCAGCCAUACUCGCAAGGAUAGCUCAAUCCGAAUCUAUUCUGGUUAACAAAGAUGUUGCUCAGCAGAUGCUCUCACUUUUGAAUCUGUCUAGUCCAGUAAUUCAGUUUCAUCUCUUACAAGCACUCAAUAGUAUUGCUUCCCAUUCUAGGGCAUCCAAAGUAAGGAAAAAGAUGGAGGAAAGUGGUGCAGUCCAGCUUCUGCUGCCCUUCCUGACAGAAAGUAAUCUGAAAAACAGAACUGCUGCCUUGAAUUUGCUUUACACUCUAUCUAAAGAUUCACCAGAAGAAUUGAUGGAACAACUCGGAGAAUAUCAACUUAAUAACAUUGUAAAUAUUAUCUGUUCAUCAACAUCUGAGGGUGAAAAAGCUGCUGCAAUUGGAAUACUGAGCAAUUUUCCCAUUAGUAAAAAGAAAGCAACAGAUGUACUUAAGAAAUCUAACUUGCUGCCUAUCCUGGUCUCAAUAAUGAGUUCAAGUGAAUCAACUUCAAUGCCCAGAACAAACUGGUUAAUGGAGUGCAUUGCAGGCUUAUUUAUUCGCUUUACAGUUGCUUCUGAUAAGAAACUACAGCUUCUUUCUGCAGAAUUAGGAGUGAUUCCUUUGCUUGUGAAGUUGCUGUCAAGUGGGUCAGUGGUUGCCAAAUGUAGAGCAGCAACCUCACUAGCUCAGCUGUCACAGAAUUCUCUAGCUCUGCGAAAGUCCAGAAAAUCAAGGUGGACAUGUAUCCCUCAUUCUGCAGAGGCUUUUUGCGAAGUCCAUGAUGGCUAUUGCAUUGUUAAAAACACAUUUUGUUUGGUCAAGGCUGGUGCUGUCUCUCCACUGAUCAAAAUAUUGGAAAGAGAAGAAAGAGAAGCUGAUGAAGCUGUUCUUGAUGCACUUGCAACUCUCUUGCAAGAUGAAAUUUGGGAAAAUGGAAGCAACUACAUAGCCAGAAUGUCAGUUUUCCAAGCAAUAAUAAAAGUCUUGGAAUCAGGUAAUGUAAAGGCUCAAGAAAAAGCACUAUGGAUAUUAGAGAGGAUAUUUAGAAUUGAGGAACACAGAACUCAAUAUGGAGAAUCUGCACAGGUUGUGCUCAUUGAUCUUGCACAAAAUGGGGAUCCGAGAUUAAAAUCAUUGGUUGCAAAAGUUUUGGCACAGUUAGAGCUCCUGCAACCUCAAUCUAGUUACUUCUAAGAGAAUUUGUGUCUGUAAGCAAAGUUGCAUUGUGUCUUGUGUCUUUAAGUUCACAUAAUUUUUUCUUUCGUUUUUUGAUCAUAUAUAUAUAUAUAUAUAUAUAUAUUUUUUAGAAAAAAAUUACUAUUUAAUUCCUAUGGUAUGAGAGAACUCACUAGUUACCUGCUACUGAAUCUUUAUAAUUUUAAAA